AAUGUGUUAUUUAAGUUGUUUUGGGAAAUGUAUCAAUAUCAUCUUCCUCUUACCUUUUUAAUCUCUAUUCCAUACUAUGCUAUACAUAUUUCUCUUUCAUAUCAACCAAUUUUCUCUUCAUUAUUACUAGUCUACCUAUCAUGGCUUUGGUCAUGCACUCACUGACCUUUAAGAAGAAUGCUUACAAAGCACUCAUUGUUGCUGAGUAUAAUGGUCUCAAUAUUGAGUUUGCUCCCAACUUUGAGAUGGGUGUCUCUGACAAAACUCCACAAUUUAUCAACAUGAACCCUAUUGGCAAGUCUCCUGUUCUCGAAACCCCAGAUGGCCCUGUCUUCGAGAGCAACGCCAUUGCGCGUUAUGUUGCACGCUCCAACUCCAAGGCAGACAAUGCUCUUUAUGGCUCUUCUUUGAUUGAAUAUGCCCAGAUUGAGCAGUGGAUUGAUUUUACAACUUUGGAGAUUGAUGCUAACCUUUUGACAUGGUUUAGACCAACAGUUGGGAGAGCCCCAUACUAUGGUCCUGUUGAGGAAGCUGCAAUCUCAGGUUUGAAGAGAGGAUUGGGUGCAUUGAACACACACCUUGCUUCUAACACAUACAUGGUUGGCCAUUCUGUAACCCUUGCUGAUAUCAUUACAACAUGCAAUUUGGUUUAUGGGUUCACCAAGCUCAUGACUAAGGCCUUCACUUCAGAGUUUCCUCAUGUUGAGAGGUACUUCUGGACCAUGGUUAAUCUCCCAAACUUUAGGAAGAUAUUUGGUGAGGUCAAUCAGACUCAUUCUCUUCCACCUGUUCAGUCCCUUGCUCCAACAAACAAAGAGGUUUAAGUUUAUUUAAUUGGGGUAGACUUUGUUUUGCAAAUCCUAUGUUUAAGUUAAAGACCAAGAGUUAUAAUAAUCUUUUACUUUGCUUAUUUCAUUGUUGAUUUUGACAUAUUUAUAUAUGUGGGCAGUAAAUUGCAAUAAUUUUGGAAUGUAUUUAGAAGAAAAAUGAGGACAACAUGAAGGAGUGCCAGUGGGACUAGUUGUAGUGUGGUGCAUAUACUUUAAUUGGUUUCAGGCACCUUUAGUUGUUUUUUUUAUUCUUUUUCAAGUUCUUAAUUGAUAGGUUAUAGCUACCACUUUUAUCUUAUUGCUGUUAAAAGCCUAUAUUUCUAUAAUAGUUACACUUAAUAGUUA